UGCCUCGUCUCAUGACCAGAAUCAAAAGCUUGUUGGAACGGAUAGCUUUAUUAACCAAGACAUUCAUUCAUUAGAUAGGACUCCCUUGAUAAAAUCUCUUCCCUCAUUUCAAUCCGAGCACCACUCUAAUUUUGAGCGUACAAAACCUAAUGGCCGGAGAAGGAGACCAAUGACCAAUAAGCAUCUUAUAAGAUUAAUGGUGGGUUACCCCGUCAAUUAUAAUCUACCAAACCAUGUCUAUAAUGCAUUUGUGGAGGGAAAGGAAAAACUCAAACGUUUCAUAAUGUAUGUGGACAUGCAAAUAUUAAAAGAUAGACUAUAUUGUCAAUCUAAUUCGAUAAAUGAUAAA